GAGGAGCUUAGGAGCUCCCUGCGCCCAGAGAUACCUGGGUAAGGCCCAAGAUGGCUGCUUCCACCUAAAACAUAGGUGAGGGCAGCGCGAGCGGUUCCUGUCAUCUCCUUGGAGGUCACGCCUGGCUAGCACUCUGCUAUAGCUGCAUGCUGUUGUAGGGGAGAGACGGGCACGAUGGCAGGGUGCCUCGCUUCGGGUGCAGGAAGGCGCCUGUGGAGCUGGGUGCCCCAGGCCUGCAGAAGUUUCUCUCUGGGUGUUCCUGACUUGUAUUUUGUAAGGAACACCGUCCCGCCCCCCAAAGUGGUUGAUCGCUGGAACGAGAAGACGGCCAUGUUUGGGGUAUAUGAUAACAUCGGCAUCCUCGGAAAUUUUGAAAAGCACCCCAAAGAACUAAUCAAGGGCCCAAAAUGGCUUCGAGGCUGGAAAGGGAAUGAAUUGCAGCGUUGUAUCCGAAAGAAGAGAAUGGUUGGAUAUCGGAUGUUCAGUGAUGACCUACACAAGCUUAACAAACGCAUCAGCUAUCUCUACAAACAUUUUAACCGACAUGGAAAGUACCGGUAGAAGAGUAAGCUGGGGACUCUGGAAAAGGCAUAUCUAAUAUCCAGGUUGUUUCAAUAUAACUGUUAGCCAAAUGAGUGUCUGCGGCUUGGAAGAAAAUUCAGAAACAGAAGAGGGACACUUUGAAGAAAUGCUGUCUCACCAAAGUUCUUGAUGACUGACUACAUUGUGUGGAAAAUUAUGAACAUCUAAGACUUAGUCAAAA